AUGCAUUUCUCAACCAUCUUCGCUGCUUCGGCCAUGGCCAGCGCUACCUUCGCAAUGGAUCACAAGGUCAUUGUCGGUAACAAGGCUGGCGAUCUUGUCUUCAAGCCAGACAGCCUCAAGGCCGCUGAGGGCGACACUGUCACCUUCUCGUUCUGGCCCAAGAACCACUCCGUCGCUCAGGCUACCUUCGCCAACCCUUGCCAGCCUAUGGACGGUGGCUUCUUCUCCGGUUUUGUUCCGACAUCUGAUAUGGAGAGCGUCGCCAGCACAACCUUCACCUAUGAGGUCAAGAAUGCUUCAGCUCCCGUCUGGUUUUACUGCUCUCAGGGCAUGCAUUGCCAGAAUGGCAUGGUCGGUGUUAUCAACCCCCCGGCGUCUGGUCCCAACACUCUUGAUGCAUUCAAGAACGCUUCUGAGAAGGCCACCGAAAACGUAUCGCCUACAUCAACCGCCGGCACUGGUGGUAAGCUCAACGAAAACGGUACUUCAACAUCCGAGUCACCUUCACCUUCUUCAGCAACAGGUGCUGCGUCCCAUCUCGCUGGCAGCGCUGUGUUCGCGGGUAUGACGGGUCUGUUCACCUUCUUCAUGCUCUAA